GUAGACUUUUCCCACGCUAUACCUUUCCAAGAUCACGAGCAAAGCAAUGGUGCGGUGCUGGUAGUGAUCACCAACGGGCAUGGCAGCAGCGACUUUGCUCGAGGCGAUUCGAAUCGCGGACAAGGUUGGCACAAUAUCCACUUCGAGCAAGGUCUGUAGAAACCAAUGUAGGAUCCUCAUCGCGGCAGUCGGCUAUGUCCGAGACUACCUCAGGCAAAUCCAGGAUCUCAACUUCGCGAGCAACGAGCCAGCCUUCGUGUGGGACGAAACCGUGGUUGUCCUUAAGAGAGGCAUCCAUCUCCUCAAGUCGUGCCAAGAAGGCAAUUGGAUUGCCCGGAGCCUGCUGUUCAAGGAAAGCUGCGAUGAGUUCCAGAGCAUUUAUCCCGAGAUCUUCAACUGCGUCGAGCUCGUCAGCGUCUAUCUCUUUCAGCUGGCAGCGUCCACCUCGCACAGAUCCAGGAUUUCCCAGGCUUACAACUCGUGCCUCAUGAGGCAGAACUCGAGCAGCAUACUGGAAGAAGCCGGAAGGAACGAUCAGAAGGAGCUCAUGACUCUCGCAAUGAGCCAAGAGCCGGGAAGCCUGACGACCGAGAGCGAACGAGCCAAAGAGAUACUCUGCUCCAUGCUCCUGGGAAACAAGUCAGUGAUUAACCACAAAGAACUCAAGCUGACAACACACCUGGGACAAGGAGGUUUCGGAACCGUGUACGAAGCAAUCUGGCUCGGUCACAAGUUUGCAGUGAAAGUCUUCCCUCAAGGUGACAAGAGCUUCGCCAAAGAGCUCGCGGUUCUUCAAGCGGACAAGCAUCCCAACGUGUUGCACAUCGCCAGCCAGUCUUUCGAUGAAGAGAAGCAGCGGUACUCGCUGGUGAUGGAGAAGAUGGACAUGGACCUGGAAAACUACGUCCUCAAGAAGAAGAAGUCUCUCCCGUUGCUGUCGAUCAUGGCAGUGAUGCUCCAAGUUGCUACUGGCAUGGCGUGGCUUCACUCGAAGAAUAUAAUCCACCGGGACCUCAAGCCGCAGAACAUCUUGGUUGGCGAAGAAGACAACGAUCUCGUGAGUAUCAGGAUUGCCGACUUUGGAGUCUCGAGGCCAAACUUCAUCUCCUCCCAGAUCGAAGCCGUUAGCAUCCAAGGCACCAGGAACUUCAUGGCACCGGAAGUGUGUAGCGGCGAGCGCUACACGAAAAAGGCCGACGUUUACAGCUACGGGAUGUUGAUUUACCAGCUUGUCACUGGAAACGUUCCGUUCGAGGACGGGAUGGACAUGGAGCAAGUCCUUCAAGGCGAGCGUCCUGAGAUACCAGCCACCUGUCCGGAGUUCCUGUCGCAGCUCAUGCGGGAAUGCUGGAGCCACGAUGCGAAAGAGAGGCCUUCCUUCUCGGAUAUCUGCGAGCGGCUGAGGCAGCUCAAGACCAGGAUCAUCACUGGCAUCGAGUCCAUCGACGAGUUACGGGCCAAGUUGGUUGAAGUAGCCGGGUCGUCUUCUUCUUCUUCGUACUCGUCGUCUUCCUCAUCCUUGUCGCACAGCAGGACUCGAGUGAACCUGGAUUCUUUUGUCCAAGCGACUGAAGGGCUUUGGACCAAAAAUCCUCCAUCUCCCCUUGUACAGCCGGUACCACACCGUCCUCAGCACGUCGCACCAGUAGCAAAACCGGAUAACAGGACCGAGCUCUUCGAAGUGGUGAAGAACGGCCUCGUCAAAAACGCCUUCGAGAAAGCUCUGUCCCUGAACGAUCCUUCCACGGUCUGGUGGCUUUGCACCAAGGUGGAGCAUACCGUCCUGCUCGUCUUCAGUGAAUCAAUGCUCAUGGAACUGGCCGAGCAAAUCAACACCAACUUCAAGGAAGACACUGCUCGCAGGUUGCUCUGGAUCGACGAGAUUGGCAUCUUGCUGUUCAAGGACGUCAAUGGACAGGCAUGGUCAUCACCUCGGAUGCUGAGGAUCCUGGAGCAGCUUUCACAGAACCUCCACGGCAUGAUGGCUAUAACACCGCCAAAGAGCGAGCUGGGGAUGAAGCUGGCGAACAUGCUGGGCGGCACCAACGUGGGUCUCCAGCGUAUCCGCGUUGCAGUUGACAACAAAGUUCAACACAUGGGACUCCUCGGAGGAUACUUUCCAGCGGAACACCGGUAGUUUCGGAGUAUUUCGAUGUUCUAAUUUCCUGCCUGCCAAAAGCAUCAACCAUGCUUCACGAAAGAACCAUAAAGAACUUGCCAAUUCCCGUUCUGAACUUUGAGUGAACGCCUAUCAUCGUUUCAUCCUGCGACAAAUAUCCAAGAACAAAGCUCUCACCAUUCUUGAGUAGACGGUGAAGAUCCCAACCUUUUCGAUCUAGCAGCAGCAGUAGCAAGCAGCCUUGGCAGCUUCCGCAGCAGCGUAGACACCAGUAAUUCUCGUCGCCACAGCAUCGAGGAUCAUUGCUCUCCGCUCAAAGAACGACUUUGCCACUUUCAGCUUCUCGGAUCCCCAUAGGCUUGUAGACGAUCCCGGCAGCUAGCCGCUGCUUCAUGACCUUGGCUGGACGAACGUAAGCAUCGCCCAGCUUGGCCUUCAAUCUCUUCAAGCGCUUUUGGGUACAGCAACCCACCUGAAAAUCCGAUCGUCCGCAUGACCACCACCACCGCCUCCCGCUUUGUUGCGCUUGCCCGGAUUCUUGGAGCCGGUGCUCUCGCCGUGCAAGGACGAGGAAUUUGCUGGAGCCACACCAGCAAGCGCCUUGUCUUGCUCUUUGGUCCCUUCCUUCUCGGCGUGCUCGGACCAGAGAUCACGCGAUCCAAUCGGGCCAUAGGUGCGAACAAUGCUGAGUACAUCGGCAGAUCCUUGGGUCUC